AUGACGAGCAAAGGAAAAGAUGUUAAGUUAAAGGUUAACAUGCACUGUAAGGGAUGCGCUGACACUGUUCGUAAUUGCCUCAGAGGUUUCGAUGGUGUCGAAGAAAUUAUCACGAAUAUGGAGAAACACGAGGUCAUUGUCAAGGGCGAAAACGUGGAUAUUGUGAAGGUAUUGGAGAGGUUGAGGAAGAAAUACAACAAAAAUGCUGAGCUCAUAAGCCCAGAACUGCCAAAGAUAAAGAAAGAAGAAGAGAAGAAGAAAGAGAUUCCAGUCAAAACAGUAGCGCUCAAGAUUUUCAUGCACUGCGAGGGCUGUGUGCGUGAUAUCAAGAAGAUUAUCUACCAAAUGGAAGGUGUUCUAUCUGUGAAACCGGACAUGGCCAGAGGAACGGUGGCUAUCAAAGGGGCUGUCGACCCGCCGAGGCUUGUGGAGCACAUCAAGAAACGAACGGGCAAGCACGCGGAGAUCGUCAAGGAGGAAGCGAAGAAGGAUAUGGAAGGUAAGGAGAAGAAGAAAGGCGAAGCGAAGGAGGAAGCGAAGAAUGGUAAGAAAGGCGAGGAGAAGAAGAAAGGAGAGGCGAGCGAGGAUUGUGUCCAUUUGAUUUACAGGGUUCACUGUCCUUCUCAGUGCCCCCAGUGCCACAUGAACCGCCUCUACUGCUGCUGCUGCUGCGAGAAUGCUUUCAGCGACGAGAAUGUCCAUUCUUGUUCCGUCAUGUAA